AUGGUCGAAUCUGGAGAUCCAAAAAAGAACGUGACGGUGCUGUUCUGCUUCAGCGCUGAUGGGUAUUGCUUUCCUCCGGAUAUAGUGCUUCCGUAUAAACGCCUUCCGAAAGAGAUUAUCCAAAGCGUGCCGGGAACGUGGGGGAUCGGAAAAUCCGAGAACGGUUGGAUGGAUACAGACAACUUCGUCCUCUACAUCAAACAAAUUCUGUACCCGUCUCUGGUUAAGCGUGGUGUCAAAUUCCCAGUUCUGUUUUUUGUUGAUGGCCACAAGUCGCACACAGCGUUUGCUGCUGCAGAGGCGUGCCAAGAGCUGGGGAUUGUGCUCAUUGCAUUGUAUCCGAACUCAACCCGAAUUAUUCAACCUGCGGACGUGGCGAUUUUUGGCCCUCUAAAGCAGUCCUGGCGCAAAAUUGUCGAACAACGGCCACCCAAUGAUCCACUGACCACCCGCAAUUUCGCAGCAAACCUCGAAGCAGCCAUGAACGAAUCAAUCAAAGAGCAAACCAUCAAAAAGUCAUUUGUCGUCACUGGAAUCCAUCCGUUUAAUGAGAACGCCCCAAACUACACGAAGUGUUUGGCAAAAUCUGCUAGCGCUGCAAAUAACCAGCGAAUCUCCACAUCCGAUCGUGCGCUUGGUGCAACAUCGUCGUAUCGCUCGGAGGCUGGAGCAGGAUCUGCUACGUUCUCGGGUGGCGUCGACUUGUCCGACACGAUCUUCACCUCAACCACUCCGGGCAUCGCCACACCAGCACCAGCGUAUCGCUCGACGGCUGGAGCAGGAUCUGCUACGUUCUCGGGUGGCGUCGACUUGUCCGACACGAUCUUCACCUCAACCACUCCGGGCAUCGCCACACCAGCACCAGCGUAUCGCUCGACGGCUGGAGCAGGAUCUGCUACGUUCUCGGGUGGCGUCGACUUGUCCGACACGAUCUUCACCUCGACCACUCCGGGCAUCGCCACACCAGCACCAGCGUAUCGCUCGACGGCUGGAGCAGGAUCUGCUACGUUCUCGGGUGGCGUCGACUUGUCCGACACGAUCUUCACCUCAACCACUCCGGGCAUCGCCACACCAGCACCAGCGUAUCGCUCGACGGCUGGAGCAGGAUCUGCCACGUUCUCGGGUGGCGUCGGCUAUUCCGACACGAUCUUCACCUCAACCACUCCGGGCAUCGCCACAACAGCACCAGCGUAUCGCUCGACGGCUGGAGCAAGAUCUGCCACGUUCUCGGGUGGCGUCGACUUGUCCGACACGAUCUUCACCUCGACCACUCCGGGCAUCGCCACACCAGCUCGCCCUCUUGGCACAACGUGGUCGUAUCACGCGGCGGACGGAGUAGAAUCUCCCACGUUCUCGGGUGGCGUCGACUUGUCCGACACGAUCUUCACCUCAACCACUCCGGGCAUCGCCACAACAGCACCAGCGUAUCGCUCGACGGCUGGAGCAGGAUCUGCCACGUUCUCGGGUGGCGUCGGCUAUUCCGACACGAUCUUCACCACGCCCACUCCGGGCAUCGCCACACCAGCUCGCCCUCUUGGCACAGCGUCGAAUCGCUCGAAGGGUGGAGUAGGAGGAUCGUUCUCGGAUAACACCAACGCGGCCGCUACAAGUUUCGAGCAAUCGACUAAUCAACGUUGGGAGGAGGAAGAGAUCAGAAUGGACGAUUUUUGUUUUGAGUCAAUGCCCCCUCUUCAGGACAUCACUAACAAACGCCGUAUGAGUAUUAGUCACUUUUUACACACUCCGCCAACUCCUAAACGAAAAUCAAACCACAUUAAUUACAAGAUAAAAACGCAACCGAUCCUUACAGCCGAUGAAAGGCUGGCCGAACUACGCCAGGCUGAUGAACUGAAGGUGCAGAAGAAGCAAGAACAACAAGAAAAAGCCAAAAAAAGGGAGGAGGCAAGAUUAGCAAAGCAGGCUGAGAAGGAAGCACGUGAAGCGGAGAGGAAAAGGAAACGUGAAGAGAAUGCGAGCAAGAAGCAACUUCAGGAAGGUAUGAAACAACGUAAAGCUGACGAAAAACGAGCAAAGGAAGCGGCUAAGAGGAAGGCCAGAGAAGUGCCAGCCGAGCUGUCUUAUCGCUCGACGGCUGGAGCAGGAUCUGCCACGUUCUCGGGUGGCGUCGACUUGUCCGACACCUUGAUCACUCCGGGCAUCGCCACACCAGCUCGCCCGCUUGGCACAACGUGGUCGUAUCACGCGGCGGACGGAAUAGAAUCUCCCACGUUCUCGGGUGGUGUCAACUUGCCCGACACAAGCGUCAACAGUACUCACACGUCGACAACUCCGGGCUUCGCCACACCAGCUCACCCGCUUGGUGCAACAUCGUCGUAUCGCUCGACGGCAGGAGCAGGAUCUGCCACGUUCUCCGUUGGCGUCGGCUUGUCCGACACGAUCUUCACCUCGAUCACUCCGGGCAUCGCCACACCAGCUCGCCCUCUUGACACAUCGUCGUCUUAUCACGUUGCGGGCGGAGUAGAAUCUCCCACGUUCUUGGAGGGCGUCAACAUGGCCGACAUCAGCGUCAACAGUACUCGCAACUCGGUCACUCCGGGCAUCGCCAAACCAGCUUACCCGCUUGAUACAACAUCGUCGUAUCGUUCGACGCUCAUGAUCGGUAUGGAUGACGCAACAUUGGCCAAACAAGCAGAGAAGGAAGCGGGGAGAAAAGGAAACGCGAUGAAAAAGCGAGUUGGGGAGAACUUCAGCAAAGGUUGA